UGAAAAACGAAACCACUUGUUAGUAAACAGCGGAGUAUAAAAGGCAGGUAAGAUCCCCAGAUCAGCAUCAGUUUCUCAGCUGACUUCCGCUUCCAACACUCUUACACUAUUCAAAAUGAAAUUCACUAUUGUUCUGGCUUGCCUGUUGGUCCUGACCGUUGCGACUAAGGUCAAAUCAGAAUCGGAGAAAAGCGUCUCACCUGACCAAGACUUCGCUGAAUCUUAUCGUGGAGGCUUUUAUGGCGGAUACGGGGGCUACUGGCGCGGACGUCGAUCAGCCGAAGGAAAACCAGAAAAAGAGGCCAACGAUGAAACUGAAGUAGACCGGGAGGCAAAGGAUGAAGUUGAAGUCGACCAGGAGACAAAAGAUGAAGUUGAAGUCGACCGGAAGACAAAAGAUGAAGUUGAAGUCGACCGGAAGACAAAAGAUGAAGUUGAAGUCGACCAGGAGACAAAAGAUGAAGUUGAAGUCGACCGGAAGACACAAGAUGAAGUUGAAGUCGACCAGGAGGCAAAGGAUGAAAUUGAAGUCGACCAGGAGCCAAACGAAUAUCGCCGUGGCUAUUACGGCGGUUACGGAGCACUUGGACGUGGCCGUCGCUCAGCUGAAGAGCUCAAAAACGCACAAGUUGAUCAGGAAGCCAACGAGUUUCGCCGUGGCUACUAUGGCGGAUAUCACGGACAAUGGCGCGGUCGUCGAUCCGUUGAGGAAAUGAUCGCGGCCAUGAACGUUCCAGUUUAUUCCGAUCAGGACGCAAGCGAAUGGCAUGCUCGCCGCUAUUACGGACGUCCCUAUACUUAUCGAGGCUACUAGGGCGGAUGCAAUUCAGACACUAAACAACUGUGACAACUCCCCUUCUUAGUUAAAAUCCCUACCGGUACGCUACUUGGUUGUUAUAACCAGACGUGGCGUGUGGAAAUUUGUUGACACAUCAGGCACUAAAUUUGACUGCAUAACGCAUUGACAAUUCAUUUUGGAAUAAACACUCUAAUAAACGCUC